AUGAAGUCCUGCUUGUGAAUCGAAGAGCUAUUCUUGGAAUAUCACAAUUUGACUUCCUUCAUUUGUGCUCCUUAUUGUGUGUGUGUGUGUCUCAUACUGAAGGACAGGCAUCAGAGACGCAACAUUCCAAGGCUCUAGAGUUAGCGUGUGAACUGACACCCGAGCCUCCCUCCAAAGUCCGCUGAGAGCGAUUCUGGUGGCCAGAGGGAGAGCCCGCCCAAAGAAAGCCAAACCAAAUGCUGUUCACAAGAGUCCUCCUUCUGGCUGUUUCCACCUCACCUGUCUGGGCUGGACCAUGGGCCAGUCUGUGUGCUGGCAGGUCGUACAACGAAAUCCGGACGUGUGACAGUCAUGGCUGCGGACAGUACACUGCUCAAAGAAAUCACAGGCCCCACCAAGGUGUUGAUGUCUUGUGCUCUGAUGGAGCUACUGUGUAUGCUCCUUUCACUGGAAUGAUUGUGGGACAGGAGAAGCCUUACAAAAACAAAAAUGCUAUCAAUAAUGGCGUUCGGAUAUCUGGAAGAGGUUUCUGUAUCAAAAUGUUCUACAUUAAGCCCAUUAAGUAUAAAGGCGCUAUCAAGAAGGGAGAGCGGCUGGGCACACUCCUGCCCUUGCAGAAGGUGUACCCUGGCAUACAAUCUCACGUGCAUGUGGAGAACUGCGAUGGCACUGACCCUACCUCGUACCUGUGAAUGAAGGUGAAGGCCAGGUCAUCCAACGACAAAGUUAUCUUCUCAGUGACUUGGAUUCAUGUGCUGAUUUUCAAGAAGUUGGUAUUCGAUUAAAAAAUAUGAGUGCAAGAAAGCAAGCAGCA